UUUGUUCUCCAUUCAUAUAAGAGAGAAAGUUGCAGCGCGCAGGGUCAAAAUAACUACAUCGCUCUACUUUUGAGGGGCCAACAGUGUAGAUGGACAUGCUGAAGUCAUUAUUUUUGCUCCUCCCUAUUUUAUACAAAAUAUGUCCGGGACAUGCUUGGGUGGCAAGUAACUUUCUUAUGACGGGGCCUAAGGCCUUUCUCACCUACGCACGAAGCGUGCAGGUGGGCGCACGGAGUGGGAUUGAGGAGUGCAAGCAGCAGUUUGCGUGGGACAGAUGGAACUGUCCCGACAGCGCAACACAGCUCAGAGGUCUGAGACGCGCCACCAGAGAGACUUCCUUCGUCCACGCCAUCAGUGCAGCGGGGGUCGUGUACACUCUGACCAGGAACUGUAGUCUGGGAGACCUCGACAACUGUGGCUGCGACGUCUCAAAAAACGGGAAAACUGGUGGCCGUGGCUGGUUGUGGGGAGGCUGCAGUGACAACGUGGAUUUCGGGGAGAGGAUUUCCAAACAGUACGUGGAUGCGCAGGAGACUGGUCAGGACUCCAGGGCUGCCGUCAACCUGCACAACAACGAGGCCGGACGGUUGGCUGUGAAGGCAACAAUGAAGCGCAUCUGCAGAUGCCACGGUAUGUCUGAGAGCUGCAGCGUGCAAACGUGCUGGACGCAGUUGUCGGACUUCAGAGAAAUUGGCAACUACCUGAAGAUCAAGCACGAUCGAGCCCAGAAGCUGGACAUCGAAAAGAGGCGCAUGCGCGCCGGCAACAGCGCGGACAGCCGCGGUGCCAUCGUGGACGCGUUCGGCAGCAUCGACAAGACGGAGCUGAUCUACCUGGAGGACUCGCCGGACUACUGCCGGAGGAACGUGAGCCUGGGCCUGUACGGCACCGAGGGCCGCGAGUGCGUGCAGCACGGAGACGGCCUGACCCAGUGGGAGAGGAGGAGCUGCCGCCGGCUGUGCCACGAGUGCGGCCUGAGGGUGGAGGAGAGGCGCACGGAGGCGGUGAGCAGCUGCAACUGCAAAUUCCACUGGUGCUGCAAGGUGAACUGCGACGACUGCUCUCAGGUGAUAGUCAAACACGUGUGCGCCAGGAGGGAAGGCUCCGACGGACACGGCUUCAGACGGAGACACCGUGGACCCAAAUGACACAAAAUAUAUCAUGAUGAUCACAUUGAUCGGAUGACUGUCUACAGGUCACAAUGAAGCGAUUGUUAAAUAUCUGUUUGCACUUUUUUUUCCCCCAUGUCGAAUUGUAUAAACGCUAUUUAUGAAGACUUUAAAUAAAAAAAAUUAAAUAAGA